AGGUUUGGCUCAUAAAAUGGGCAGAGUAAUACAAAAUUAACAAGCAGGUGCAGGAAUAUGGAGACUCCGGCCACCAGCAAUAUGGAGACUCCGACCACGAGUGCCGGCCAAGACUCUUUCAGCUAUGUCUCAGUGGGAGACGACGGUGAUCCGAGCAAGACAUUCUGCAAAUGUGGUGAAGGCUGGGCAUGCGUUGUCACCAAAACCGAGGAACCUGCUGCCACCAACGCCUUCUUCAAAUGCGCCGAAAAGUGUACCUGUCUCAUAGACACAAAAACAGAGGGGGACUCAAAGACGUACGCCCUAAAGAGUCCCGGAGCAGGCAUGGCGAUUUGCAGAGUUGGAGAAGGUUACACCUGCGUCAUCACCAAGACCACUGGGCCGGAUGCAGGCACGACAUUUGUGGAGUGCGGUGGAGGUUGCACGUGUAUGAUUAAUGGACCUUAGAACAAAUGCUUGUGGCUUGUGGCUUGUGGCUUGUGGCUUGUAGUUUGUACUAGGCCCAUACAUAUAUAAGGGGCUUGCUAUAUCAACUUUGGGUGAGGUUUGAGUCAUUUGUAGAAGCCUGUUUGAGAAACUAUGCUGUGGGUAUUGAUCAUUGAUAACUACGUUGUACAAUAUUAUGUAUGCGAAGGAUUGUCAAAAGAUAUGUGUAUAUAGUGAAAUUAGCUUUGGAUA